CGCUCUUGUCGGUGGUGUCUGCAAGCCGUUGACGUCACGCCGCUUCGCCAUGUUGGAAGCGGAUUCCAGCCGGAGUCGGCCUCGAUAGUUUCCAGGCCUGCGGAUUGCAGACGACAGAGGCAAGAAAAAAAACCCCGGCGACCGCAUCGAAGAAAGAGCAGGGAAAGAGGAAAAAGCGUGAAGGAGCCGCGGCACCGUCUCGACCCACGGCCCAGCUCAGGAGCACGGACACACGACGCCCCGGACAGACUCCCUACCCAGAUUCGAUUGGAGCGUUGAAGACAUGGACGGGGAAAGUGGCGGAAUGGCCAGCCCCUCUGGGCAGAGCCAGUCUUCGCCGAUGCCGCCGCCACAGGCCCCAUCACCCAUGGGCCCGCCCCAGCAGGCACCUUCGCCGAUGUCCCAACCGGGCCAGGGCCCUCCUCCGCCGAUGGGACCCCCUUCGCACCACCCGCAUAGCCCCAACUCGUUCCAAGGGCCGCCUCCCCAGCACAUGAACGGCCCUAACGGAGCUAUGCAGCAGGGCACGCAGACAUUCCAGCAACACCCACCGAUGCCUCCGCACCAGCAGCAAUCUGGUGGUGGACCUCAAGAAAAUUUAACGGCACUUCAACGAGCAAUAGAUUCCAUGGAGGAAAAGGGAUUACAGGAGGAUCCGCGUUAUUCUCAACUUUUAGCUUUGAGAGCGAGACAGUCGAAUAUGGAACCUCCAAGACCUCCUCCACAAGGGUUUUCUGGAGAAGGAGGCCCUCCGCAAGGUGCGAAACACAGUUUCAGCCCUUCUCAGCUUCAGCAGUUACGAGUGCAGAUAAUGGCAUACCGCCUGUUGGCUCGUAACCAGCCUCUUUCUCAGCAGUUAGCGUUAGCGGUUCAAGGAGAGACAGUUGAUGCCAAUUCGACUAACGGAGGUAUGCAACAGCCUAUGAGGACACCUGGCCCACCGGGCGGUCAGCCUCCGACUCAGUCACCUAUGACUGGACAGAUGGCACCGCCUACUGGUCCAGCCCCCGCUGGCGUGAGGCCGCCUGCACCUUUGGCUGAACAACCUCCAAGAAUGCCUCGAGCUGCUGGGCCACAAACUCAAGGCCAGGGCCAGAAGCAAAACAGAGUAACCACUAUGCCGAGGCCCGUUGGUCUCGAUCCUAUAUUAAUUCUACAAGAGAGAGAAAACAGAGUUGCUGCACGGAUUGUACACAGAAUGGAAGAGCUGACGAAUCUCCCUGCGACUAUGCCUGAAGAUUUACGUUUAAAAGCUCAAAUCGAGCUCAGGGCGCUCCGAGUCCUGAAUUUCCAGAGGCAACUCCGAAGUGAAGUGAUUGCUUGCACAAGGAAAGACACGACUUUAGAAACAGCGGUAAACGUCAAAGCGUACAAGCGCACGAAACGCCAAGGCCUGAGGGAGGCCAGGGCCACGGAGAAGUUGGAGAAACAGCAGAAACUUGAAACAGAAAGAAAGAAACGACAGAAACACCAAGAGUACCUCAGUACUAUCCUCCAGCACUGUAAAGACUUCCGAGAAUACCAUAGGAACAAUAUGGCCAAAGUGGGCCGUCUCAACAAGGCGAUUAUGAACUACCAUGCCAACGCCGAGAGAGAACAGAAGAAGGAACAGGAAAGAAUAGAGAAAGAGCGUAUGCGGCGCCUUAUGGCAGAGGAUGAAGAAGGGUACAGGAAACUUAUCGAUCAAAAGAAAGAUAAACGUCUGGCUUUCCUGUUAUCACAGACAGAUGAAUAUAUCGCAAACUUGACAGAAAUGGUCAAGCAGCACAAAAUUGAACAACAGAAAAAACAGGAACAAGAAGAACAGCAGAAAAGAAAGAAAAAGAAGAAGAAGAAGGUCGGAGAAGGUGGAGAGGCUGUUGACAAUGAUGAAAGCUCUCAAAUGUCUGAUCUUCAUGUUACUGUUGUUGAAACAGUCACUGGCAGGCAACUUCAAGGCGACGAGGCUCCGCUUGCCAGCCAGCUUGGAGCUUGGUUGGAUGCCCAUCCUGGAUGGGAACCAUUGGAGGACAGUGAUGAAGAAGAGGACGAGGAAGAAAGCGAAGAUGAAAACGAUGAGGAAAAAGGAAAAGGAAAUAAAGACAAGAAAGAAGUGGACACUAAGACAGUUAUGAAGAAGGCCAAAAUUGAAGAUGAUGAAUAUAAAAACACAACUGAGGAGCACACAUAUUACAGUAUUGCUCACACUGUGCAUGAAAUUGUCACUGAGCAGGCGUCGAUAAUGAUUAACGGUAAAUUGAAAGAGUACCAGAUCAAAGGAUUGGAAUGGCUUGUCUCUCUUUACAACAACAACCUUAAUGGAAUUCUCGCUGAUGAGAUGGGUCUCGGAAAGACCAUUCAGACUAUUGGUCUGAUCACUUAUCUGAUGGAAAAGAAAAAAGUCAACGGUCCUUUUCUCAUCAUUGUUCCGCUAUCGACUUUAUCAAAUUGGGUACUGGAAUUUGAGAAGUGGUCUCCUACAGUUUUUGUCGUUGCCUAUAAGGGCUCACCGGCGAUGAGAAGGACCCUACAAUCGCAAAUGAGGUCGACAAAGUUCAACGUUCUCCUCACUACUUAUGAAUACGUCAUUAAAGACAAAGCCGUGCUUGCUAAGAUCCAUUGGAAAUAUAUGAUCAUAGACGAAGGUCAUAGGAUGAAGAAUCAUCAUUGUAAGUUGACACAGGUGUUGAACACGCAUUAUCUGGCGCCCCAUCGCCUCCUGUUGACUGGAACACCACUUCAGAACAAAUUGCCUGAGCUAUGGGCCCUUCUUAAUUUCCUCUUACCUUCGAUCUUCAAAUCCUGCUCGACUUUCGAGCAGUGGUUCAACGCGCCAUUUGCAACAACUGGUGAAAAGGUCGAACUGAAUGAGGAAGAAACUAUUUUGAUCAUCCGUCGUCUCCACAAGGUUUUGCGACCUUUCUUGCUCAGGAGGCUCAAAAAAGAAGUCGAGAGUCAGUUGCCAGACAAAGUCGAGUAUAUUAUCAAAUGUGAUAUGUCAGGACUUCAAAGAGUGCUUUAUAGACAUAUGCAGAGUAAAGGGGUUCUUCUCACUGAUGGUUCUGAAAAAGGAAAACAAGGAAAAGGAGGAGCAAAGGCUCUUAUGAAUACUAUCGUCCAGUUGCGUAAACUGUGUAACCACCCGUUUAUGUUUCACCAUAUUGAAGAGAAGUACAGUGAUCAUAUUGGGACGAGUGGAGGCGUUGUCUCAGGUCCUGACCUAUUCCGUGUAUCUGGCAAGUUUGAGCUUUUGGAUAGGAUUUUGCCUAAGCUGAAGGCCACCUCGCACAGAGUGCUUCUUUUCUGUCAGAUGACACAAUUGAUGACUAUCAUGGAGGACUACCUCGGCUGGAGGGGCUUCUUGUAUCUGAGGCUUGACGGAACGACCAAGUCAGAGGACAGAGGGGAUUUGUUGAAGAAGUUCAACAACCCAGAAAGCGAGUUUUUUAUCUUCUUGCUGUCGACAAGGGCUGGUGGUCUUGGUCUCAACUUACAAGCAGCUGACACUGUUAUUAUUUUCGAUUCCGAUUGGAAUCCUCAUCAGGAUUUACAAGCACAAGACAGGGCGCAUCGUAUCGGUCAGCAGAACGAGGUCAGAGUUCUACGACUCAUGACUGUCAAUUCCGUCGAAGAAAGAAUUUUAGCUGCAGCUCGUUACAAGCUCAACAUGGAUGAAAAAGUUAUUCAAGCCGGUAUGUUCGACCAGAAAUCCACAGGAUCUGAACGUCAGCAGUUCCUUCAGACCAUCCUUCACCAGGACGAUGCCGAUGAUGAGGAAAAUGAAGUCCCGGAUGAUGAGACGGUUAACCAGAUGAUAGCAAGGAGUGAGACAGAGUUUGAGACGUUUCAAAGGAUGGAUUUGGAAAGAAGAAGGGAAGAGGCCAAACUCGGUCCAAAUCGUAAGUCCAGGCUUGUUGAAGAGGCAGAGCUCCCAGAUUGGCUUGUCAAGGACGAUGAUGAGGUCGAGAGGUGGACAUACGAGGAAAAUGAGGUUCAGAUGGGCCGAGGCAACCGACAGAGGAAGGAAGUCGACUACACAGACAGUCUGACCGAAAAAGAAUGGCUCAAAGCCAUUGAUGAAGGCUUAGAGGAAUAUGAUGACGAAGAGGAAGAAGAAAUCAAGGUGAAAAAACGUGGAAAGAGGAAAAGGCGAUGCGACGAUGAUGACGACGAACCCACGCCUAGGAAGAAACGUGUGACACCAUCAGAAAACAAACUGCGGAAACAGAUGAAAAAUCUGAUGAGCAUAGUCGUGAAGUACACCGACUGCGAUGGGCGAAUAUUAAGUGAGCCUUUUAUGAAGUUGCCACCAAGGCACAAAUAUCCAGAUUAUUACGAACUGAUCAAGAAACCCAUAGACAUUAAAAAGAUACUCGCCAAGGUCGAAGAAUACAAGUACAUCGACUUUGCCGAACUCGAAAAGGACUUCAUGCAAUUGUGCAAGAACGCACAGACGUACAAUGAAGAGGCGUCACUUAUCCAUGAGGAUUCGAUCGUUUUGCAGAGCGUCUUCACAAAUGCCAGACAGCGAAUUGAACAAGAUUCCAAUAUUUCAGAUGAUGAGGAUUCCAAAGGUGCUGAGAUGGACGACGGCGCAUCUGACACUUCGUCGGUCAAAGUCAAGUUGAAAGUGAAGAAAGGAAAGGAGGGUGGACGAGGGAGGCGUAAGAGGAAGAAGUACAUCAGUGACGAUGACGACGACGACAACUCUUCUUUGAUGUAA